AUGCAUCUGAAAAAUCGAAAAGAGUAAUAUUCUUUUGAAUCAGAACAAGCACAACCUGUACUCAUUCUGUAUUUAGGUUAUUUAUAAAAUUAGUUCUGAGAAAGAAUCUCUCAUUCUCAAAGAAUUUUGUCUAAUUGGUUAGGGGCUUAAAGUUACUCACAAAUAUGACUAAUGGGACUUUUCACUCUCUGAAUCUACUCAUAAUUUAUAGCUUGAAAAUUUAGUAACAGCUGGGCAUUUAGGUACGGGUGCAUCAGGUCAAAUUGAGAAAUUUACGAUUAAGUCACAGAACAAUAUUUCGCAAUGA